AUGCCGACAGAUCGCGCUGCCUGUCCCCUGUCUCCCCGGCCCUGCCCCCGCUCUCACCAGGUGUACACGCUGUUCCGCACCCUGGGGCUGCGCCACCUGGCGGUCAUACCCAGGGCGACCGAGGUGCGGGGCAUCAUCACCCGCAGCGACCUGCUGUCAGGGCAGCUGCAGGAGCGCUUCCUCGCGUCCACGGCAGAAGACCGGCAGCCGCUGAUGCGGGGCGACCGCGGCGCGGGUUACGGCGGCGCGGACGACCCGUACGGUCAGCAGCAGCAGGAGCCUGGGUGGCAGGGCGAGCGGCAGCGGCGGGAGGGCGAGGCGGAGCACGGCGGCGCGCGGGAUGUGGGCAGCAGCUGGGGUGCGGGGUGGGGCCCGGAGGAGGACCCAGACCCGUCGAUGAUGUGA